AAAAGAGUCUGAGUGUGUUUUUGCAGGCGGAGUUUCGUCCUUGCGCACCGUCGGAAUUCACUGCCUCCGUGUGUUUUUAUUCCGGGUUGCUGGAGGAGAGAGAAGGAGCGAGAAAGCGCCGCCAGCGAGCAGAUGUUCUAGCCGGACCAUCCCUCUGCCACAAGCAAGCUGUUUCCAACCUGAGAAUCGAGCUUAUAGACAAUUAAAAUGUGGCAGCCUGCGUCGGAGCGAUUGCAGCAUUUACAGACUAUGCUGAAGACCAAACUCAAUGUGCUAACGCUCCGGAAGGACCCGUUGCCUACAGUGAUCUUUCAUGAGCCAGAGGCCAUUGAGCUGUGUUCCACCACACCUCAUUCAAAGAACCGCACACAUACAGGAUAUAAGGUGACCUACCUGGGCAAAGUUACUAUUUCCGGCACUCAGUUCCUCUCUGGCUGCACAGAGUCGGCAGUUGUGGGAUUAUGGGACUCAAAGCAAAAUUCUUUCGCCGACGAUGACUCCAUCGCCUCUUGCAAUGCCAUACUUGAGAUCCGUCCUUUCCAGGUACGACUGCAUCACCUGGAUGGGCGGGGUGAGGCUUCAGUUGCCAUGGACACCUUUCAGGUGGCUCGCAUUGCAUAUUGCACAGCAGACCACAACAUUAGCCCGAACGUGUUUGCGUGGAUCUACCGGCAAAUCAACGAUGAUCUGACGUUCCAGAUGGACUGCCAUGCUGUGGAAUGCGAGAGUAAAUUAGAGGCGAAAAAACUGGCCCACUCCAUGAUGGAAGCUUUUAAGAAAACCUUCCACAGCAUGCGCAGUGACGGACGUAUCCACAAGAGCGGAUCAUCCGACGAGUUUCCCGAAGAUUCUAGCACACCUGACGAUGCCUGAGGAGGGGUGGGGGUGGGAGCUU